GUUCUCAUUCGCAUUACAGUCAUCACACUCACCGCGACGCGACCGUCCGCAUCGUGCCGACGUCUCGUCUCUCGUAUUUACACAAGAUAAUAAUAUAAUAUAUACACGCAUGUAUAUAUAUAUAUGAUAUUUUGUUAUUAUUGAACAAUAAUUUAUAUUUUGUUGUUAUAAUUUUGUCGUUUUUUUUUUUCUUCUUUUUUUUUUUUCUUCUUUUCAAGUGUUUUCACCUUUUACCCGAUUAACGCGGACUACGACCGAGUUCCGCAUAUUUACCACGCGCGUAUACGAUAAUAAUAAUAUUAUUGUUUGAUUUCAAACAGUAUAGUAAUAUUGUUCGCGUCGUCGCGUCGAUAAUAUCGAUUCGCGUCGUCCCGUCGGUGAUACAGACGUUACCCAAUAGAACAGCUAUUAUUGUUGUUUGUUGUCGUCGUUUUUUUGCGGCGAAAAUCAUUAAAUUAAUUUAUCCGAUUAACAACAAAUACGCCGCGCUAGUUCGGCGUCGUACAUUGUCGCGUUCGUGCCGUGUGUACGCCGGCCGUUUCAACACCCUCGUGUGACGUUUGGUCCGCGUACCCGUUCCCAAUAAUAUUAUCGGUAACGGUAAUAUUAUUCGCCGAGUCGACAAUACACCGACAACUUGGACGCCGCCGCUGUCCGAACGAGCACGCGAAACCGGCCGGAGGUCGUGCCGAGGAUACCGUAGCCAGCCGAACCCGACGGGAUCGAUCCGUUCGCCGGGCGACGUGCUUCUCCGAAAAGUAAGUUUUUGGAGAAAAAAACAAACAAAAACCGGAAAUCGAUAUGCGGUCUAAUGAUUGUACUUAUUUUGGCGAGUUCGCGGGUCACCGGGUCACCGCGCCUUUCGGUUUUCCGUCCGUCUCGCCUAUUGACUAGGGGUGUACAUGCCUAGGCAUAAUAAUAAUAAUAAUAAUAGUAUAAUAAUAGUAGUUGGGGAUGCACCGCGAUAAUUUCGACAACAGUCGACAAACGAAAUAUGCUUACCCAGCCGACUAUAUUUGAUUUCGGUGGGUCCGUCCGGCGAAUUAGGUCGCCGGACGGAUAGAAAGUACCGCGAGACGAGACACGAGUACAAUAAAAAUUUGGUUAGGUACUUUCCCGUUCAUGCGGGCCCCCUCUCCUCCGGUUGCGAACUACUGCUGACAUCGGAACAAAUUUCCGAAAUUCUCCCGAGGAUGUCGUCCGCGGCCAAAGAAACUUCCCACCGAUCGAUCGAUCGCCACUCGUGUACGAAAUAAAUGAUUUUGAAAAAUACGAUCCAUUAAGAUUAUCACCGUGUUUGGCUAUUGGUUAUUUCCGGUUUUUUCUUUAAACCGGACCAUUCAAAUAACGCCUGAUUUUUUCUUAUUUCAUCAUAUUUUUCGUUUUUUUUUUUUUCGCUCUUCAACCCCCCCCUCUUCUAUCUACCUACUUCAUUUGCACAAAUCGCGCGCAGGCAUUUAACAAUUAUUUAACACGAAGUACUCGGAAGUUUUAGACAUUAUCAUUAGUGGAAUAAUUCUGAUCGUUCGAAAUAUUCUAAAAUCAAUGUAAUGUUUACCGGAAUAUAUGAAUAUUUAUGUAGGCACCUAUGUUACCUAUGCUGUUAUAUGGUAUCUGUGUUACCAACAAAGUUUAACUCUGCGUUCUAUAAAAUGCUUGAUCAUUUAACGGGAUUACAGGAAAAUACGGCAUGCGCGUCAUGUUAUUAAUUAAUAUAACCAAAUGUAUUGAUGUAUUAAAAAGAUUUUAUUGCUUAACCAUGGUCAUAAAAAAAAAAACCUCCUAAGUAUAUUACGUUUUCGAUAUGACAAAGGUAUGUUUAAAUGAUACACAUGACAAUAUCGAUUGAAUGGGACAGCUGAUAGAAACUAUAGGGUAUAUUACAUAGGUACUCGAGGUUUAUAGAUAAUAGUUUAUAGAUAUAGAAAUCUCGGUAGAUAAUAAUAUAUAACCAUCAAAUGGCAUCGAGUGAGUGUAGGGAAGUUAGAUAUCUAUACUAGGGAGGUAGGUAUACUAGAUAGUAGAUAGUUAGUUACUACAAAAUCGACUAUCUUUCUUCUGUUAGUAGAUUUUAUCUUUCUUCUAUGUUAACUCGCAAUUAAAAUAGACAAGGGGCGAGGAAAAAUUCGUCCAUAGGUUAAUACGUCUAUGUUCGAUUUAAGUACCCGAAACGUCCGAAACUCAGUUUGGCAUAGCUACUGAUCGAUCUCGUACGCAUUACCGAUUUUUUCAUGUUGCACUCCAACUAUAAAAUUCGUUUCUCCAUCACGGGCGUAUAAUUAUCAUACCGUGUUUUCCUUAUUUGACACUAUGAUCACUCAGAGUAUUAAAUAAGUAAUCCCAUCACCUACGUAUUUCGAUAUUCAUCGAAUAUUCAAUAAAUCUGAUUGCCUCUCAGAAUAUUAUUUGUUUGUUUGUCAAUAUUUACUGUUAAAUAAUACUUGACAAUAUUCAUUACUACAAUCUUACCUUAAAACUUAAAAAUACAUAUAUGUUAGAAUAACAUUAUAAUGAAAACUACAUAAUUCAACUGCGGACCGAGUCGGGAAUGAUUGGACGAACUACUAGCGCUUUGCGGAUUUUUGUUGUACUAAGGGACAAUGAAAGAUUCGUAUUCAGGUGCUCUUUAUAGUUAUGAUGUUUUAUAUACGAAAAUAAUAUCGAUAUUUGAUAUUUUAUCGAGUAUCUUUUGACAUUUAAUACCCAAAAACAAACUUUUAUGAUUUAACUUCUGUUUUCAACUUAAAAAAAUAGGUAAAAAUUACAAACUUGAUUGGUAUUACGUUUUUACGUCUGCUUAAUUUGAAUAGGUGUGGUCGGACAGUUAUUCGAAAAUGAUAAUACGUGGCUCGGUCGAAUAUUAAACAUAGGUACCUACUACAAUAUAAUUUAUUCUAUCUUUAUCAUUUUCUAAUAACUGUACCGUGACUGCUGCAUCCAUCGCAUAUUUAAUUUUGAAGUAAUUUUGAAUAAUCCAGGCCAGUGGAAAAAAAAAAAAAUAUUAAUGUUAUAAUGAUAUUGAAUCAAUAUUGUCGUACGUUUUAAACAUCAAAGCAGAUUAUCGUUACCUAUACUGGGUCAUUUAAAUUUUCUAAUACAGUCAAAUAUGCCAUGAAAUACUUUUUUUUCCAAAAUUUGACUUGAAUAAAUCAUUUAGAUAUUCUAAAAUGUUACAUUGUCAUUAUUUUUGUUACCCUUAUUUUGUACUUUCAAAAGUAGGUAGUCGUUUCACUCCCAAAAAUAAAGACAAUGUAACAUUUUGUAAUAGAUGUAUGAUUCCAAAACGUUUUUUACAAGUAAUUAUCAAAAACAAGUAUUUCAUGAAAAAAUUUGACUGUAUUCUGAUAUUUGCAUGAUCCUGUAUUAGCCCAUAGCUAUUCAUAUUAUUUUUUGUCCGUGUUAUUAUUUUCUUAACACAUUUGUUGAACAAUCAAUUAAGUACCUACCAAUAAACAUGGCUAAGGCGCAAGGCGAUGCAAUUGAUAAGGUUUAAUAAUUAUCAAAUAAUCCCGUACCUAUUUUAAUGAAUUGGAAUUGACUGUAUAGGGGAAAUUGUAGAACACACGGAUGGAUAAAUAAUUAUGUUUUACAAUAGGUAAUAAAUAUUACCGAUAUCAGAUUAAUUAAAAUUGAAUUUAUAGGUAUUUGUGCUAAAACCAUUUAUUAUUUCAUUAACCAUCGAUAUAAAAUAUUGUACAUUAUCAUAAAAGUAAUAUUAUGAUUAUUAUAUCAUGGACAUAAUCAUCAACACGCACAAAAUAAAAACAAAAUAUUAUUUUAUUUGCCAUUUGUCAAUCAUGUUUUUCGUUUUCGAUUUAAAAAACUGGCAAGCUGUAAGUGUAAAACUCGUGUAGUUCCAGUGGAAACCAAUGGGCACUUUUUCGUUUAAUAUAUUUUGCUUUGGAGCUCAUCUACCGAUUUUUUUUUUUUUUUUUUGGGAGCAGGGGCCGAUUUAUUACAUAUCACACAUUUUACUUUUAUUAUAAUGUAUAAUAUUUAAAAUAAUAAUUUAAGAUUUCUUGACAUUUCGGAGGAAAUUGUAGCCCCCCCCCUAAAUACAAAACUGAGUCUCGUUUUACAAACAAUAAUAUUAUAAAUUAUUAAACUUCGUUCGAUACGUGGUGUUAAGAGGACGUAUGGACAUAGUCCACCACGGGUUUGGUUGGGUUCAGUUAGUUUUGGCCGCAAUAGUGCUCCUAACUUUUUUUUCCGAGGGCCAUAGAAUGAAAACAUUUAUCUUGGUGGACAAAUUUGACAUUUUCCUCUAGUCAUUAGGAUAUUAUGUAUAAUAUGUUUGUUACAUUACCUACAUAUUUAAUCACGUUUUUUUUUAUUUUACUCAUUCCAAUAGGUAGCUUAAAUUAAUAAUUAUCUUAAUUAUUACAGAUAAAACAAUAGACGAGCUCGAAUAUUAAAAAAGUAAAAAGGUUAGGUUAGGCCAAAAACCUAGGUUCUUAAACUGCUCGGUUCCGUGAUUUACGAUUAUGAGACCCACUAAUAUGAAAAAAAAAUAGAAUUUUUCUUUUUCGUAACAAGACAGCUCUAUUCCAUCACAGAAUAUGGUAUUAGUGACCACGCAGAAUUGGCAUCGAAUGAUUUUCGAAUCUAACUAUUUGAUAUUUGGUUCGGUUAGAUUAUUUGAAAUUUUCAGUUUGUCACAUAUUCUCUACUUGAAUGUCUUUAAAACGAUUUCAAAAUUUAUAAAUAAGUGUUUAUAAUUUUGGUACACUCUUGUUUUAGAAAUACAUUUGUAUAUUCUGUUUUUCAAUAUAGUAUAACGUUCAAAAUGGAAGAGAUUAUAUUUUUUAAAUUGAUUUUGAAGUAGAAAUAGUUUUGGCAUUGUAUAAAAUCAAACUUUAACAGAUACAUUGCCAAAUGUAAUUUAUAAUCUAUUUUAUAGAUUACCCAUAUUUGUCAAUAAUUUGCUGGUAACAUAGGUACCUACCUUGAUAAAUAAUCAUUUAGUCAAGAUUUUAAUUAUUUCUAAAGCACCAUUUUUAAUACAAAUAUUUUACUUUCUUUAAGGUUGGUUUUUAUUCAUUAAGUAUUACUUUACUUAACGCAAAUCGUAGAAAUGUUCAAGCCAAUUUGUCACAGAAGAAACAGCUUACCAAACAACGUAUAUAGGAGUAAAACUAAAAGUUUGCCAUCAAAGACAGAUUAUAAUCCAGCCAAAAAUUAUAAAAUGAUUCAUGAUUCAAAGAGACCUAUAUCAAAAACUCCGCCUGCUUACAUUAAGCAAAAUUCGAAUGAAUCAUAUUACACUGGCAAUGUCAGGAAUUAUAUUGAUCAUAGUUUGUCUGAUGGAGAUGACGUUGCAAAAAGGACUUUACAAAAAGGAGAAAAAAAAAUUCCCAAAAAAUCACAAUUUGUACGCUCACAUCCUAUUGAUACUCCACAUAAACGUUUGCCAGAAAUGCAGUUAAAUCAUACUCCGCCUUCAUUUGAAUGUCCACAAAAUCAUGAUGGUCAUAAAAAAUUAAAAGAAAACGAUAUCGAGCAAUUGGUUAUUGAAAAAUACGCCUUGCUCAAACAACUUAUGAGUAUAGAUGAACGAUGUGGCUCACCCCAUGGUGAUAGUUUUUAUGCUGGAGCCAAAUUUAGUAAUUGCCCAUCGCCAGGAGAUUUGCCAUUACCUCCGAUGCAAUGGAUUAACUCAUGUCACGCACAAGAAAAAUCAAUGCUAAAAUCACCUUUAAUCUUUAAUAUAACUAUUUAAACACUAGAACAGUCUUCAGUCUCAACACUAAACAGUCUUCAGAACUGAAUUUUAAUUUUAAACAUUGUUUUGUUAUAUUUUACCUAAAAAUGCUUAUUCUGAAUUUUCUCAAUGUAUUAAUUUAUCCUUCUACAAUUUAAAAUAAAUCUAUGUAAUCUCUCAUUCAUUGCCAUGAUGAAAUUGUCUUUAAAGCAUUUUAGUAACAUUUCUUUAGCUGCUUCAGUUAUUUGUUUGUGUAAACUAAAUUAUAAAUUUAAGAUGUAUAACUAUUUCAUAGGUAUUAUAUAAAUAUUGUUUUUUAAUGAUUAUUAUUAUAUACAUAUAUAUAUAUAUAUAUACAUAAUAUUUUUUUUUUUUUUGAGAUAAAAUUCGUCAUGGACUGAUUGUUGCAUCUAGUCACUGUUAGGUGAUCUACAAGUUAACGCAAUACAAAUAAUUAUAAUACAUAGUAUUAUAAUAACAAAAAUUACAAUUAUUGUUAUGUGCUAUAAUUAAGUUGAAUCACUGAUUGAAUAAUUGGUUGUAAUUAUUAUUUAUAAAAUCAAAUUGAUGUUUACCCAAUAUGAUUAUUUUGUUUUUAUUAUAUGUAAUUUCAAACCUGAUUUGAGUGCUAAUAAUCAAUAGUAUAUAAUGUUUUAAAUAUCAACAGAUUAAAUUUAUGUUAAGAAAAAAAUUGUUCACUUGUUGUGAUAUUUAUUUUAAUAUUGAAAUCAGUGAUUCAAUUAUCAGUUGUGGGUUAAGUUGUAUUUGAAAUAAAAGCGUUAUAAACCAAAAAAACAAAAUCCACUAUAUCUAUUGUUAUAAAACCUUAUUAUUUAAAAAAAAAAAUCCAUACUAUAUUUAUAUAUUAUUUAAAUAAAUUUAUGUAAAAAAAAAAAGAAAAUUCUUAUUUUUGAGCGCUUUCUUCAAAUACAACGGUUACCCCCAAUCAUCUUCUGAUAAAGUUUAAGUGCAAUUGUGAUACUGAACAAUAUUAUUUUUUAAGGUUUAUUUACCAUAAUCAUAAUAUUAUAUAUAACACAGUAAGUUGUAAGUCCUAUAUGUGUUGAUGUACCUUAUUAAUGUUCUAUUUUAAAAAUUAAAUGUAAUUAUAAACAAGAUGCAAUAUGUUAUUUACCAGAUAGAUUAAUUCAUAAAAUUCAAAAACAUGUUAACCUCACAAAUGGUUUUAAUUUAAAUUAGUAUUGUAGCUCAAUAUUUUAGUAAUAUUAUUUAAUGUUUAAUAUAUUGAAAACUAUUCCACCGACUGUAAUAAGUAGAAUAAUUAGUUUACUUGAUUAUAUUAUGAGGUUGGUUUUUAUAUCAAAAAUUUAGAUUUGAUCAAAAACAUAAAUUGUCAUGAGUUAUGAUAACUUAAAAAAAAAAAAAAAAAAUUUAAGACAUCAAUAUUUUGUUAAGUGUUAGAAAAUGAGUGUUUUUGUUGUAUAUUAUAAUGUUGAAGUUGAAUCACUUUUACCAUUUUAAUUUUGUUGGCAUUGAUUUUCAUUUUAUAAUAAUUAAUAUUAUAUGUAUGUGAUUAAAAAAUUGGGCACAAACUUUAUACCCCAUUGACUUCUGUCUGUUCCCAAUAAUUAGAUAUUAUUCAUUAGAUAGUUUGAUAAUUCUUGCAAUUAAUUUUAAGAAACACAGUACCUAUGUGUCUAUUUUAAUGGCUAUCCUAUUAAUGUUUAUAUUAUUAUUAUACAUAUAAGGAAUGUGGCCAUUAGUGUGAUAUUACUGUGUUAUUACUGUAUUUUUUUUAUGGUAAAUUAUUUUAUUGUUGUUUUAAAAAAUAUGCUAAGAAUAUUAUUUGUUGAAUUGAAAUUUUGUUUGUAAGACUGUUAUCAGUAAAAGAAAAUUGUAUAUUCCAAUGCAUUAUGUGAAAGUGUUACACUGAUAUAUGAGAUAUUUAAAUGUAUUUUUAUUUACUUAACUGUUUUACAGAUAUUAUCUUUAAUAUUUGUUAUUCAUUUUUAAACACAUAGCUUUUAGUUUUUUUUUCAAUUAGUAUAGAUAAUUAGAAUAAGCAAAUUGUAAUUAGAAUUUUUUUUUAUCAAUUAUUUAGAGAAAAAAAAAAAAAAAAAACAAAAACAUUUUGCCACAUACAUAAAUAUUUAGAUUCCUUAUUAAAAAUCUACACAUUUUAACUGUAUAUAAAACAACAAAAUUAUUCUUGAAAUGAAUAUACAAGUAUUCAAUAAAUAUUAAACAAUACAAUAAGUAUUUUAUUUAAUAGGUAAAAUUGUGAAUAACAUUCCGAUAAACAACAUUCAAUUUUAAAUAUAAUACAUAUAAUUUAUCAAUAUAUAGAUACACUAUUCAUAAUUACUUAUGUAUAUCUCUCCUUCUGUUGUACCAAAUGCAAUAUUUUUUCUACUUAAAAUAUUAAUUAAAUUAUUAAAAAAUAUAUAACAUUUUACAUUUUAAAUAGUACAAACCUUGUGGGAUUAAUGUUCAUUGAAAUUAAAUUACAAGAAGCAAUUCUUUUAACAGUAUCUGUUUUCCCAGUUACUAAAUUCACUUUAGCAAGUUCACCAGUUUCUUCACCAAUAUAAACAAUGAAAUCAUUUUUUAAAUUCCAACAUAAACUAGUUAUUAUAUUUCUAUUGAAAACAAUUUUAAUUGGGUCCUUCUGAAAAAAAAGUAAAUAAUAAUAAAACAAAUACUCAGUUUACAUUUAUAUUUACUUACCUGAUGUAAGUCAUAUAAUAGUAUUUUACAGUCAUAUUGUGUAACGAUAAAUUUAUUAUUAUUUGUGUGGCAAAAUUGUACGUUUUCAAUUAUUAAUGAACAUCCAUUGUAUGUUUUAACUUUUACAGUUUCUGAGACACAAAUCAAGAUGAUCAUAAGUACAAAAAUUAUAAUAAAUUACAAAAAAUCGAUACUUAAUAUAUAUUUUUUUUUAAAAAUUAAACAGAAUCAUUGAUCUAGGUAAAUUUCUUUUCUAAAUUUAAAACAAAUAACAGUAUAAUUAUUAUAUAUUUUUAAAAUUCAUUCAAAUAAAUUGCACGGUACAAGUCAUCCUUUGUACUUUUCAUAGUGGAUUAGGCCUAUUGGGGAUACCACUUUAAAAAAACGCGCCUAACACACAACCACAUUUGG